AUGGCGCCAGCCCGCUUUCUCCUCCUCCUCGCGCUCUGCGUGAGUGUGGCUGUGGGAGAAGAAGCAAAGGAGAAGAAGAAGAUCGACACAACUAUCGGUAUUGAUCUCGGCACGACUUACUCCUGUGUGGGAGUGUACAAGAACGGCAAGGUAGAGAUCAUUGCCAACGACCAGGGCAACCGCAUCACUCCAUCCUACGUUGCCUUCAGUGGAGAUGAGCGUCUGGUCGGAGACGCUGCUAAGAACCAGGCAGCUUUGAACCCCGAGAACACCAUCUUCGACAUCAAGAGGUUGAUCGGCCGUGCUUAUGGCGACAAGACUGUGCAGCAUGACAAGAAGCUGCUGCCGUACAAGAUCGUCGAUCGCGAGGGAAAGCCCUUUGUUGAGGUCUCCUACAUGGGAGGAAAGAAAGUCUUCAGCCCCGAGGAGAUCUCUGCUGUGAUCUUGACGAAGAUGAAGGAGACCGCAGAGGCCUACAUGGGCCGUGAGCUCAAGAAUGCUGUGAUCACGGUUCCCGCCUACUUCACGGAUGCUCAGAGACAGGCGACGAAGGAUGCAGGAACCAUCUCAGGCCUCAACGUUCUCCGCAUCAUCAACGAGCCAACGGCUGCAGCCAUCGCCUACGGUCUGGACAACAAGGGAUCUGGGGAGCAGUACAUCCUUGUGUUCGACCUUGGAGGAGGGACCUUCGACGUGUCGCUCCUCACCAUCGACAAUGGAGUGUUUGAGGUUAUGGCAACCAGCGGAGACACUCACUUGGGAGGAGAGGACUUCGACCGCAGGGUGAUCGACUACAUCCUCGGAGUGUUCAAGAAGAAGAGCGGGAAGGAUGCCUCCAAGGACAAGAAGGCAAUCCAGAAGCUCCGCAGGGAGGUCGAGAGGACCAAGAGGCAGCUCUCGAACACCCACUCUAAGAGGAUUGAGAUCGAGGCCUUCUUCGACGGCGCCGACCUCUCUGAGACGCUGACCCGCGCCAAGUUCGAGGAGCUCUGCCUCGAUCUCUUCAAGAGCACUGUCAACCCAGUCAGGAAGGUGCUCUCCGACUCCGGCCUCGAGAAGAGCCAGAUCGACCAGAUCGUGCUCGUCGGAGGCUCGACGCGUAUCCCCAAGAUCCAGGAGCUCCUCCAAGAGUUCUUCGAUGGCAAGGAGCUGAACAAGGGGAUCAACCCCGACGAGGCCGUUGCCUACGGUGCCGCUGUGCAAGGAGGUAUCCUGUCUGGAGAGGGAGGCAAGGAAACCCAGGACCUCCUGCUCCUCGACGUGACGCCCUUGACUCUGGGUAUCGAGACUGAAGGAGGAGUGCUUACGAAGCUGAUCGAGAGGAACACUGUCAUCCCUACCAAGAAGACUGACAGCUUCACCACCACUUCGGACAACCAGGCUGUUGUCAACAUCGCCGUGUACGAGGGUGAGAGGACGAUGGUGCGAGAUUGCCACAAGCUCGGGCAGUUCGACAUCACUGGCAUCCCUCCCGCUCCCCGUGGGACCCCGCAGAUCGACGUAACGUUCGAGAUCGACGCCAACGGCAUCCUGGUGGUGUCGGCGAUCGAGAAGGGAACGGGCAAGCAGGAGAAGAUCACGAUCAAGAACGACAAGGGGCGUCUGAGCGAGGAGCAGAUUGACAAGAUGGUGAAGGAGGCUGAGGCCUACGCCGAGCAGGACAAGAAGAUCAGGGAGAAGAUCCAGGCCAAGACCUCGUAUGAGGCGUACUUGGCCAACAUCAGGAGCACCAUCGACGACAAGGAGCGAGUGGCAGGCAAGCUCUCCGACGAGGACAUGGAGGCUGUGGAGGACGCGCUGAAGCAGGGGAACAAGUGGCUGAGGCAGGAGGGAAACACUGCGGAGGCGGACGAGAUCCAAGACCAUCAGAAGCACAUCGAGAAGAUCGUCAACCCCAUCUUCGCCAAGCUCUACGGAGCAGCCGGAGGACGGAGAGCAAGCGAGGAUGAGGAUCUCUCCAUGGAUGACCACGGGGAGUUGUAAGCCUGUUGGCUGUCCGAGCAUCGGAAGAGGAGGAGGAAGGAAGAGCGCCCGCGCGCAGCUGCAGUCUGUGUCGUAUGCGAGCUUAGGGAUUAUGAAUGAAGGGAAACUUGUUGG